GGGUUAUUCAGAUUUUAGGAGGAAAAUCGAGUUGAAACAUUUCAGUCGGAAAUUAGCUUGCAACACCUCAGGUUGCUUCUGUCCUAUGUCUUUACUACUUUGAAGAGGGCACUGUAUGGACCUGAACAUGAUGAACUGUGAACUACUAGCAACGUGCAGUGCUUUGGGGUACCUGGAAGGGGACAGUUAUCAUAAAGAGCCUGAUUGCUUAGAGAGUGUCAAAGACCUAAUCAGGUACUUAAGGCACGAAGAUGAGACAAGAGACAUUCGGCAGCAACUGGGAGCUGCACAGAUUCUACAAAAAGAUUUACUGCCCAUUAUCACCCAGUAUCCUCAGGAGAAGGUGCUGUAUGAAGCCGUUAUCAGAUUAUUGGUAAAUCUAACACAGCCAGCACUUCUGUGUUUUGGGAAGGUUCCUGACAACCCUACCUUCAGACAUCACUUUAUGCAAGUGGUUUCAUAUCUGCAGGGCUACAAAGAGGCUUUUGCAGAUGAAAAAGUGUUUGGAGUGCUCAGUGAAAAACUCUAUGAUCUCUUACAGCUGGAUUGGGAGCAGAGGCAGGAGGAGGAUAAUCUACUGAUUGAAAGGAUCCUGUUGCUGGUUCGAAAUGUUCUACAUGUACCCCCUGAACCUGAGGAGGAGAAGAAUAUUGAUGAUGAUGCCAAUGUGCAUGACAAGGUGUUAUGGGCAAUGCACAUGAGUGGGAUGGAUGAUCUCAUUAAGUUUCUGGCAACUUCCCAGGAGGAGCAACAGUGGGCCAUGCACAUUCUGGAAAUAAUCUCCCUCAUGUUCAGAGAUCAGAAACCUGACCAACUUGCCAUGACAGGGCGAGCAAAAACUACGGAGCAGAAAGAGAAGGAUUCCAGAGAGCUUGAAAUCUUAAAGCAGAGAGAGUUAGCCACAAAGAAGCAAAGAACCUUUGGAAGAGGAACCAGGCAUUCUCGUUUUGGCGGGACAUAUCUCAUACAAGGCUUGAAGUCAAUUGCAGACAGAGAUGUUGUUUGCCACUUGGGUAUCCACAAAUUGAAAAAUUACAGCCAUGACACUGGCAAGAACAUUAACAGAGUGCCAAAGAGAAAACAAGCAGCAAAAGAGAUGGAGAAGAAACACCGCUCUGCUAUGAAUGUCAGACUGUUCCUGAACGAAUUCUGUCUUGAUUUCUUAGAAAACUGUUACAACCGACUCAUGUAUGUAGUAAAGGACAACCUUAUUCGUGAGAAGGCGCAACAGUUUGAUGAGACCUACUACCUCUGGGCAGUGUCAUUCUUCAUGGAGUUCAACCGGGUGUACCAGUUCCGUCCUGAGCUCGUGUCAGAAACUGUCAGCAUUCGAGCAUUUCACUUUGUGGAGCGAAAUAUUACUAACUACUACGAAAUGAUGCUGACUGACAAGACAGCAGCUGGUUCCUGGUCAAGACGAAUGCAUCUCGCGCUGAAAGCUUACCAAGAACUGCUCAAUACAAUCAACGAAAUGGAUCACUCCAAGGAUGAAAAUCUGAGAGAGAGUGCCAGAGUUAUCAAAUGUAAUAUCUUCUAUGUUAUGGAAUUCCGAGAGUUAUUCUUAACAUUGUUCCGAAAAUACGAUGCAACCAAGCAGCCCAAGUCAUUCCUGAAGGAUCUUAUUGAAACAACCCACCUUUUCAUCCGGAUGAUUGAGAAAUUCUGUAAAGGCAGAAGUAAUCUUUUUGUGCAGAAAAAGAAGCUCAAAAGGAAGAAACCAAAAUCCAAGAAGCUUGCUUCUACUUCAUCAGAAAAAUCCCAAGAAGAACUCGAGGAAAUCUGGAAGCUGACACUGGAGCAGCUCGACAAGAGUGCAGAGGGUCAAGAGCCUCUCCCUGACGAUGUUGUUCCAUUUGAUGCUACUUUGGAAAUCCCUGUGGAAGAGCAGCGUGCUGAAGCAAUGAUUCGUAUUCAAGAUGCACUCUUGGCUGGCAAAGCAGCAGAGGCUCUUGUGCUGCUCCGAGCUGCCCGGGAAGUAUGGCCUGAAGGUGAUGUUUUUGGCUCUUCUGACCUGCAACUUGAGGAGGAGUCCGAGUUGCUGAAACAAAUCCUGUUUGCGAAGUUACCGAGGCAGCCCACUGUAGAGGCUGAAGAAAUUGAUGACUUCCACGCUGAAGAAAUAGAAGAAGAGGAAACUGAAUCAGUGAGGAUUACAGAAAAUGAAUUUAAUUUUCUGGAUUACCUGAAGAGGUUUGCUAAUGUUGGUGUUGUGAAACCUUACAUUCUCCUUCUGAGGGACUACCGGCAGAACAGUCCUCACACGAAUCACUGCAUUGUCAAGAUGCUCUAUCGUCUAGCAUAUACUUUGAAAAUGGAUACUCUUCUUUAUCAGCUGUCAGUAUUCCACCUAUUCAAUCAAAUUCUGGAAGACCCAGCAUCUAGCUCGUACCAAGAGCUGGUGAAGUUCUCCAAAUACGUCUUGAACCGAUUCUUUACUUUAGCUGCUGAGAACAGCAAAAUAUUUGUGGAGCUGCUGUUCUGGAAGAACAUUGCAACCAUUCGAGAAAUGACUGAAGGUUACAGGAAGGACGAGCAAAGUGAAGCAAACAAAAAGGCUCCAACCUGGUCGUCAGAGGAAGAGGAGGAACUUGAAACACUGUAUCUAAGAUUCAAAGAGGAACAAGGAGAUAAAGAUGUCAUCGACAGUAUCAUGGAAUGCAUUAAAGAUGAUACAAGGACCAGGAGGCAGAUUGCUGCCAAACUGGUUCAAAUGAACCUGGUGGAUAGUAUAAGAGAUUUAAAGCGUGUCAAGAAAGGAACUAAGAUUGUGCUUUGGAGAGAGGAACAGGAGAUGGAGCUUGAGACAUUGUUUGUGAAGUUCAGAGGAUCAGAUGAUAUCCUUGGCAAUAUCAUGAAAAACAUAACCACCAAGCGAUCCAGAGCCAGGAUUGUUGAUAAACUGAUCAGCAUGGGUCUCGUUUCUGACAGAAAAGAACUCUACAAGAAGCGAAGGAAAUUAACAAAAGGAGCAAAUCAGGAGGAAGAGGAAGACUUCCUAAAUGAUGUGGGCUAUGAUGCAGUUCAGGGGUUAUCUGAGGUCGAGGAUGAACUGGAUGAAGGUGAUAGCAGUGACGAUGAGAAAGUGGAGCUGAUGAUUAAAUCCAGAUCAAGAUGCACUACAAAAGGAGAUGGACAAAAUAUGGGUGUGGAAGAGGCUGACCCAGCAAUCCUGAAUCUGUGCUCCAAACUUCAGCAACAAGGUCUGUCGGGCCCUCUUCUGUGGCUGCAGAACUGCCUUAACAGAACAGCAGACAAGCGAGAAGAUGCUGGGACCUCGAUUGCAGUCCCACUUGUCCCCUUGUCUGAAGAAAAUGAAGAUGCUAUGGAGCAUGAAGUGUUCCAGAAACUUCUGAAGAAAGUUGGAAUUCGGCCGCCUGCCGAUGAGCAGGAAUCUUUCUGGCGUAUUUCUGCUCACCUGAAUGUUCAGCAGUUGCGCAGGAUUGCUUCGGUUAUCACCCUGCAUGAUGGUGGUGGAGGGGCAGUGGAAGGAGACGAAGAUGCUAGUGCAGAUCAGAGCUCUGAGGACUGGCAAGCUCAGCUGGUGGCCAAGGAGGGGAAUGCCACUCCUCCUAAAGUUGGUGAUGAUGAAUCCAAAGGGAGGACCAACCGAGCUGAUGAUUCCUCCUCUGGAGCAGACAGUGACAUCAAAAGUGAUGAUGAGAAGACCAAACACAAACCUCCACUAAAGCGAAGUCGCCUGCUCGAUAGUGAUGAUGAACUAGAUGAUGAGGUGAAGGAAUCUGUUGACACUGAGAUGGUGGAAGAGCCCAAGACUGACUCUGAGGUGUCUGACUCCGAGGUCACCCAUAGACUGAUUAAAAGGCGGAGGAGAGCAAUUGAAGAUGAUGACGAGGAUUAAUUGUAAUGAAUUUAGUUUUUCGGAAUGGUUCUGAACACUGGAUCGAAGAUUCAUUUUCAUGUUCAUCAAAUAUUACAAUUCUUCAUGCAAGUUUUGAAAGCAGUUCAUUCACUGGGCGAAACAAUAGAAUAUAUACUUUACAUACAGUGUUUUAAACCACCUGUGCUCGUACUCCCAUUUUAAAUGAUAUUUUACAAAGCCAAUAAAAAGUGAAGUAUUCAGAGAGUGCGAAACAAUGAUUGGAUUGUGCAGCUUUCAUGAUCCAUACGCACCUUGUGGAAAUGAAAAGCUAAAAUCUCUGGAGAAACCUUAUCAUUAACCUGGCUUCUUGCUUGGGUGUAGGCUGACUCUGUAUCCAUUUCAAUUAAUGUGUAUGUAACCAACCAUAUGUAAUCCUUUGUGAAAUGUUUGUCAUGAACAGCAAUGAAACCUUGGAUUAGAGCAUAAGGCUUUCCUCAUUGCAGCAUUUAGCUUUGUGCUUAUCAUUAUUUGGUAGAGUGUUGGUUCCAUCUUAGUUUGUUUUAAACCUGACAUUUGGAAAUUUUCUACUUUGUGUAUGGCCUGAAAUUAAUUACAAUUUAUUUGAAUAUUUUAACUUUGAUAGAUUUACCUUGAAUAAUGUCUAUGCAUCAUUCUUCUGCAUAUAUUGAAUAGCUGAAUUAAUUAAUAAUUAGGGCAGACUCAUUGGAGAUUUGUCCAUUUUAUAUAAUGUGCAAGGUGAUUUCUGCUAUACAUUUUAGCAAUGUUGAAUUUAGCUUGUCAAAGCCUAUUCCUUCAUGUCACAUGUUUCCAUUGAAAUCCAAAUCUCUGAUAUCCUCUCUCUUAUCAUUAUAGCAUCUAGCUGUGCCCAUUGCUUCUCCCUCUCCUAUACUGCCCACAAAACUACUCCACACCUUUCAAAAGUCUGAUCGAAGGAGUUUGUUUUGAUAUUAAAUGGUGUUCGUAUUUUGUACACUACUGUGCCAAAGACUUCAGUUCUGUUUUUCAUUUACCAGAGUGGAAUUUCCUGUGCUUCCAUAUUGAAGCUUGACACUUUCAAAAGAGAGGAAGAUUUAUCUCAAGGAAGUUUCAGUGCUGGAGAAGUUGGAUAUUAAUUUCCUGUUGGCUGUAAUUGACAGAUUAUAGUAAAAUAUUGGAACUGCCCAGUGUACUUUGCUAGAAUAUUACCUUUAGGUUGGAUAGGUCCUGCAAUUCAGCCCGUAAUGAAUUCCUCAGGUGUUCCCUGUGUUUGGGGGAAAAUAACUGCCUAGCAAUCCUUUGUAUAAAAGAGUUACUGGACAAAUUAAAUGCUGAAAUGGGGGAAAUCCAUGAUCUUUUUGUGGAUGAAUAAGAUUAGCUAGCUUACUUUACUCAGUUGUCAUUAACUUGUGAUCUGAAAGUCCUAAGACUGUAGACUCCUAGUGAUUAAAGAGAUACUUUGAUCAAACCUUGCAUAAAGAAUAACUUGUAAGAUGGAAAUUGGAUUAUUCCACGAGUAUGAUGCUUUGUUUUCACAUUGAACUGUGCUAUUCAAAGAAACUAGACAUUUUUGUAUUUGAUUUGUGAAUACAAGUGAUUUUUUACAGCAUAAUCCAAAAAUAAAUAUAAAAUGUGU